AUGGAAUUGGCAAUUGAGAAGUUCAAGCAAUUAGUCGACACAACAGAUUCCGAAGAAGACGUUGAAUGGGUCUUCAAAAGCUUCAAACAGCUUGCAAAGGUGACGUUUUAUCGACUGGAAUACCAGGAGACUUUGUUCUUUAUUGGCAAGCUAAUCGCUAUGCUACCCAAACUCAAUGGCAAUUACGCUGAAGAGUCCAUUAACAAGUUGCUUUCAAGAUUUAUGCACUGUGCAAAUCGAGAGUUUGUAAGUGAGAUGUAUGACGUUAUCGUCAAUCAAUUACAGGAUUCUAUGGUCUCAGGAGCGUCUGGCCACCGACUCUGGCUUCGGAUCAAUAUUAAUCGCUUUAAAAACCUACUCGAGGAUAAGAAUUUUGAGUCUGCGCACGAAUUGUUGACACAAAUCAAGAAACAGCUUGGCAAGGUGACUGAGCUGACUCGCAACUCUUUUGCACUAGAUGUAAUCGCUGCUGAAAUUGAACUUUCAAUGUGUAGGAGUGCUACGCUAUCUGAACUCAUUGAGUAUCAUCGUCGUAGCACGCAAAUUACGAGUGCGAUCACUCACCCAAGGGUGAUGGGAGUGAUCAAAGAGUGUGGUGCGACAGUCCAUUUCUUCAGAAAACAAUUUGAAAGAGCCCGACUCGAAUUCUAUGAGUCGUUUAAAAAUUACGAUGAGGCUGGUUCCUCAUCUAAAAGGAAGAUCUUGAAAUACCUAGGUCUUUGCUCUAUGUUAACUGACAGCGAGCUAAAUCCGUUCGAGUCUCAAGAAACACAGUCGUAUGUUCAACUACCAGAAUAUCAAAACCUCAUUGCAUUAAUUGACGCUUACGAAAGCCGAAACCUUAACCAAUUUCGUGCCAUAGCAGAUCGAAUGAGGGCAGUGAAUGAUCCUCUUUCGCAAGAUAGGUUGUUUCUCGUUGCUGAAGAGCAAAUUUCACACAAUCUCAAGCUAAAAGUAUUGUCGAAAUACCUCAGAGCUUCUAAAACUAUCAGCUAUGAUUUCCUCAUGCGUAAAUUAUGCUUGAAAAACGACGAGGAGCUCGAAUAUCUCAUCUUGACAAUGGCCAACAAUGGUCUCAUAUCAAUGAUCAACAUAGAUUAUGAGAAUAGAUUAAUCGAGAUACAUGACAAUGGCCAGCUGCUUUUUCAUUUUAAUAUGGAUGGCUCUCAUGUCAAGAACAAUGUUGAUAUAUUAUACAACUUGCGAUACAGCGGCCCUCACGAGAUUUACGAGAAUACCGGUGAUCUGGCACAAAUGGAAAUGGAUAGCAUUCUCUCAAUAAGCAAUUCUGAAACAUUUGACGUUGAGCCUAUUGAUAAUCUCAUUGCGAAAACAAAUAUUCACGAGCUUCUUUUUUGCGAAUCGCCUUACAAAAGAGGUACAAACGAUAUUGAACAGUGGUACAAAUUUGUCGUUUCUGCUCUACCGCCCAAAAAAUCAUCAGAUUUUCACUGCAAAAACGCUCCAGAAUCUAAAACUAUUUCGAAAGAGCAUAAUCUUGACGACGAAGAUGAAGGGGCCAAGAACACUGACUCCGGUAUCCUUGGAUCUUCUAUUAAUUACAGCGAGGAUUCACAUGAAAAUAUCGAAAGACUUCAAGUUGAUAAAAUCGAUUCGCUAUUGGAAUUGGCACGGUCAAUGAAGCGAAAUCUCAGAAGUGGGCCAGUUGGGCCUCUGAAGCCCUAA